AAUAGCUCUUGGUCAAUGCGUGUUUAUGUAAUUGUAUCUUGUGCUUUUGUCUGAGGCUGUGCCUGAGAGUGGUAUUUUCUGGAAGUGCGUGCAGCAGCUAAUCAGGUGAUUCACAGUGGAAAGUUUAAAGAGCAGAGUGGGAGCUGCUGCAAACGCCAAGAUGCCUAGUAGGACAGAAGCAGCAACGCUCAUUUCUCUGGAUGUGGUUACUGACUGCAACAGGAGCUGCUGAAUCCAGGAGCCCAGAUACUUACCAUAAAAAGUGGACCAAACACUGACAUUUGGUAUGAGACUCGAUUGUGUUUUGGUCAACUAUCUUGCAGUGAGACCGUUCUCUGAUAACAAAUUAUUUUAAAUGCGUAAGUAAACUUCUUGACGUUGGUGACAAUUGGGAUUUUGUAUCUGCGUGGGAUCGUUCUUUGGACUGCGGGAGGAGUUAAUCCCAGCAUGGACAAAGCAGCUGAACUCAUGUGGCAGCUGGAGGAUUCAGCUGGCAAAGCAGGACAGCAAGAGCAAAGCCCUGAUGAUGGAGACAAAGCAGAAGUAUCGGGACAGCCUUCAGACAGCAAGGACAAAUCACCGCAGAGCCAUACCCUCAAGUGGGAGACUCUAAGCAGACAGUUUGUAGAGUAUGAGCAGGUGGCUCCAUUUCUCAUCCCAGAGGAGCAACAGAGAAGGCUGCUGGACUUUCUUCCCCUCUUCUUAAAGGCCUGGGAACAGUCUGCUGGAGUAAUCAUAUUUCCCAACAUUCAGCUGUUAGCCAGUGAGGUUUCCAAGCUUCUGACAAAAGAAAUUAAGAGGAACCUCAAUGGCAAACCUGCAGAGGAAGCUCGUCUGGCUUUGGAGCAAUUGCUACAACAGAAAGGGGAAGCAGAACAUGGCCAUUUGCUCCUGAAAUCGGUGUAUCUGCUCUCACAGACUGACUUGAGAACUAUGUGGAACAUCAUUGGAUCUGGCCUUCCAGCUGCUCUGAUGCAGUGCCUGUACCUUUUCUUUACUUUUCCUCUGAAGAAAACCAUUGAUGAUGGGGAGACAAGUGAGGAUGACACUCAAACUCAGGAAAUGCUUGUUAAGAUCAUGCUUAACAUGUACAGAGAGGAACAAGGUGUAGAGGAACUUCUGGCAGCUGAUAAGCUUCAGUCAUUAAUUAUAGCAACUGCUUCCCUCUGGGACCAGUGUAGCUGCUCAUGGAAAGUACCUACAGGCCGUGUGCUAAGAACAAUUUCAAAGGCUCAGACCAAAAACAGCAUUGUGUACCUACAAGCUGUGGACUGCAUUAAAAUAGCUAUUCAGAAUCUUUUUAAACUGGCUGAUACCUUACCUGCUUGUGAUGUGUGUGAAGCUGCUAGUAUUGUCUUGUGCUUUGUGAAAGAUUCCUAUCCCAUAUCAUCAGCUUUGUUAACAGAGUUUGAAAAUAAUGAUGGCUACCAACUCCUGCUAAAAAUUUUACUCAGAUGUGAGGGGUUGCAGCCAAAUGAAGGAGACCCCUAUCUGGAUGAGAUCUUGGACAUGCUGACUUGCCUUACUACCUGUGGAAAAACUGAACUGAAAGUUUCUGGCAAUAUUGUACACCCACAAUUACCGCAUUUUGAUUUUGAACGGACACGGUCUUCUGGAAUGACAGUGAAAAACCUCCAGCCCUUUCAGGUGUUACAGUCCAUUUUCCAGAAAAGUAAUGAUGAGCAUCUGUGCAGAAGAAUCUUGGCAGCAAUUGGUACCAUAUGGGCCUGGGACACAGUGAACUUCUUUCUUCUGGAAUGGACACUACAACCUAUCAAUAAGUUUACUGACAUAAUCCAUUUCAAACCACACCCAGUGCAAGUCCAGUUCUUCGGACUGGUGGAGUCCAUAGUGCUAGACCUGUCCUACAUUCCCCAUGAAAUUUUGAAGAAGGUUCAGUAUUUGAUAAAGGAAAACACGGUGCCAUUCUGCACCUUAGCAGCUCUCCAGUGCCUUCUCAGCAUGACCAAGAAGGACCUGCUAUUCAGCGACAUAUUCCGUGACUCUGGGCUCUUAGGCCUACUGCUGGCACUUUUGAGGAAGCAAGCCAAGAUCCUGAGGAAGUCAGCUGGAACCCAUCUGCCUAGUCUGGAAGAAGGCACUGAGAAGGAAUUAAAUGCUGUGAUGCUGAAGAUGGUGGCUGCUCUUACAGUGGGGUCUGUGAGAAACACUGUUGUUCUGAAGGACUAUGGAAUGGUGCCAUAUAUCAAGAUAUUUUUGGAUGAUGAGUGCUACAGGAGUGCUACCCUCACCAUCUUGGAGCAGCUAUCAGUCAUCAGCUAUGAAGAAUAUAUGAGCAUUAUUAUUGGGGCCCUCUGCUCUUCUACUCAAGGGGAACUACAUCUGAAACUAGAUCUCCUGAAGUCGCUCCUGAGGAUACUGGAGAGUCCCAAGAGCCAUUCAGCUUUCAGAACCUGCAGUGGAUUCAAUGGACUCCUGUCCCUUCUCUCAGACAUGGAAGGUGCAUUGCAGGACCCUCCGUCUGGGCUGUGGACAGCAGUUGGACAGAAUUGUAUAUUGGAGCUUGUUUUCUACACACUUCAGGGGAUAACAGCAGCCCUGCACCUGGACCCUGUCAACAGCAACUUCUUCCAGAGGAACGGUCUCUUUGAAAAGAUGGCAGAGGAUCUCGGGUCACUUGGAUGCUUCUGGACACAAGGGAAAUGGCAAAUCCCUCUGAGACUUGAGAAGACGAGGACGUUUGCAGAAUUCUUGGAUGCAGCUUUCUGCUCUUCAGAACCUUUCCCAAUGUGGCUAAAGAACUGCAUAUGGAUUCUGAACUUUCUUGAUCAUAUGGUCAAAGGAACCCUCCAUCUGGAGAGCUACUUCCAGGAGAGAAAGCCAGAGAUGGGAGAGGCAUCAAGAGAUGAUCAUGAGGGACCCCAAGCUCAAGAAGAGCAUCCUGUUGCUUUCAAAAGACCAGGCAACAAAUUACCUGCCACUGCCUAUAGGCUAUGGGGAAACCCUGAAGAGAAGUGGGAAAUGGGAGACUGUGCCAUUGUACAUCCGGGUGCUGUCUGUGUUAUGGUGAGAUUGCUGCCAAAGCUGUACAAAGAAGGACACUCUCAGCUUUCACAGGAAAUCCAGUGUGCUGUGGUUGAUCAUAUCCAAUCCCUGGUGAAGUCAGAGAAGAGUCGCCAGGUGAUGUGUGGAUCUGGUUUGCUGAGCACCAUUAUAACUUCCUGUCAGGAUGCCUUCCAUGAUGAGAGCCAUCCACUGCAUCUGCCCCUCACUAGAGUGUUUGAGAAGCUUGCAUCACAGGCUAUUGCGCCAGAUGUGUUAAGGCAAUUUCUUUGGUUGGGAGGUUCUCUGCCACUGCCUUCCAGGCCCAGCACAAACAAGACUGAGGCUCUUUCAUGUCAGGGGAGUCAUUCAACUAAUGCAACUGGGAAUGAAGGUUCAGAAGAGGACAAGGUGGACAAUAAAACCGAUCCUCAGACAGUUGUGCCUGUCAGCAGCUCUCCUUGGGUGUCUAAGGGAUCUACACUGGCACUCCAGACUGCAAUGAGUCUCAUCUCCAUGACGUCACCUCGAAACUUCCAGCUCCGCAGCACUGCUUUGGCUCCAUCGUUUGUGGAGUUUGACAUGUCCACAGAAGGAUACGGGUGUUUAUACCUCCCUACCUUGGCCACUGUCAUGGGACCCAGUGCAGAGCAAUCUGUCUCAGGAGGAAUUGGCAUGGGCACCAGAAUGUUCCCUCCCCCAAGUGGCCUGACGUUCUCCUGCUGGUUUCUGGUUAGCAAGUUUGGUUUGGUGCACAACAGUCACCCACUCCGUUUCCUCACGGUUGUGAGGCACAUGUCAAGAACAGAGCAAGAAUUUGUUUGCUUUUCAGUAAGCUUCUUCCCACAGGACCAUUCUUUGGUCAUUUCCACAGAAGAAGUGGAAUUCCAGCCACUCGAUAUCAUGGAACCUGAGAGUGAGGUCCUAAAUCCCUCCCCAUUUCCAGGGCAAGUGCAGUUUGGCUGUGGCAAGCUGCUGGUCACUGGCCAGUGGCAUCACCUCACAGUGACAGUUGCUAAGGAAGCAAAGAAGAACUGCAUUGUGUCAGCUUAUAUAAAUGGUCAGAUGCUUGGCUCUGCAAAGAUGCAGUAUCUCCAGCCCUUACCUGGUAGCUGUAUUUCCAUGGAACCCUCUUCCUUUAUUGAUGUCUAUGGGUACAUAGCUACUCCUCGAAUUUGGAAACAGAUGUCCUCCUUGACCUGGCGUCUUGGCCCUACGUACUUGUUUGAAGAAGCUAUCUCUGUGGCAACCAUAGAGGUGAUUAAUAAGCUUGGCCCACAGUACUGUAGCAAUUUCCAAGCAGUACAGCUUCAAGGUGAGGACAAGUACAGUGAUCAUAAUCCUACACCGCUGGUGGCAGAAGAGAAGAUUUCUUUUGGAAUCAAUGCCAUGUGCUCAUCUCUCACUACGGUCCAAGAUAUAAAGAGCUCCUACAAUGAAGUAGAUGGACGGCUGAUUGCCAAAGAGAUUGGGAUUAACUCUCGGGACAGUUCAACUCCAAUAUUCCUAGCUAAGAAUAUUGCUGCACACCUCUCAGGUUUCUUGCGGACUAUUGGGUCAGUUGCUGUGGGCCAAUAUGGGGUAAGAGUGUUCCAGUCCUCUCCAGCAGCUACUAGCCUGAACUUCAUUGGAGGCCCUGCCAUUCUCUUGGGUCUCAUUGCUAUGGCCCGUGAUGACCAUACCAUGUAUGCAGCUGUCAAAGUCCUGAACUCCAUCCUGAACAGUAGCCCAAUGAGUGAAAAAUUGAUGAGGCACAUGAAUGGAUACCAGUUGCUGGCAUAUCUAUUGAAGAGGAAGACACAGCUGUUAAACAACAGGAUUUUACAGUUAAUUUUCUCCCUAGUGGGCACAGCUGAGCUUGGCUUUGAGUCUUCCAUCAUCAAGAAUUAUAGUGCAUUCCAGUAUGUUCUCUGCAACUUUGAGCUUUGGAUGAAAACACCAGAAAAUCUUGACCUUGCUGUUUUUUCACAUCUUGUGGAGAUCUUGCAGUCCUCCAGAGAUGGAUGUCAGAAUGCUGCAGUUGCAUAUGAGGUGCAAAUGGUGCCCAAGCUCAUUUUCCUCUUCAAUGAUCCUGAAAUCGGUAACUCCAGGAUCACUGUGGCCUGCACUAUUCUCUCCCAUCUGUUGCAAGGACACUUUAACACAAGGGAUGUUGUCAGGAUUGGAUUGUUCCUUGUUUACACUUUGAAACCUUCUUCUGUGGAUGAAAAUCAGAUUUGCCUGGACAGUGUGGCUGAGAUGCCUAAUGAAGCCUUAAGCCAAACAUCUGGAAAGACAAUCUGGCUUCGAAACCAGUUACUGAAGAUGCUGUUAGAUGUAAUGCGCUCAGACAAACUUCAUCUGUCCUCUGAGGAACUAGAGACGACAUUUUUGGCGCUGGGGCCAGACUGGUUUCUGCUGUUCACACAGAGCUACCUGCACUCUAGCACGGUUGUACUAGGAAUCAAGCUACUUCUGUGCUUCCUCCACAAUCGUUUGCUGCUGAACAAAUUCAAGGAGGGGAUAGUGGCUGGGCGCUGGCUGGAAAACAGCUCUGCAGGGUUGAGUAUUCUAAUGGAUAAUUUAAAAACUCAUCCUCCAGUGGCUGACAAUGGCUCCUUCUUGAUUUUUGGAUUUUCUGUGUUGCAAAGAUGUCUGACUGAUCAUGUCCACAUCCCUGAGAUCUACUUGCUUGUGGCAGGGCUCUUUCUGGCAACUCCACUGUCUGAACCACCUGAAGCAGCCAAGAAAGAUCUUGAGUCUAUGCUUCAGUGGAUCUUGCAGAACCACCUUACAGAGAAUGUCCUCAAAAUUGGGUUGUGUGCAGAGGCAGCUUCUUUACUGCUGGAAAUGGUUAGAGUCACUGUGGACAAGCCUAUUGCAGAUGCAGAAUCUUCCUGGGAGAUUGCCUAUCCAGGGAAUGUUAUCCAGUUUCUGUGCUUGAUCUAUCACAGUUAUACUCAGGACCCUGUGUGGCACUGUCCUGACUUCUUGAAAACUUUGGCUACGGUGGCUUUCCAUUCUGGACCACCCAAGGGAGGCUCUGAAGGCCUUUUGACUCCUGAUGGUCCAGCCAUUGCUGAAGGGAAAGGCUGUGUUGAUCCCUCCUCUCUCCCACUCCUACCGCACCCUGCCAAGAAACAAUUGUGGGAUCUUGUGCGAGUCCUCCUGACGGACAGCCUUCUCAACAUUCCGGCAAACAAACAAGGGCAUCCACUUGAGCUGCUUCUUGAGGUUUCUCCAGAGGAUGCCACCAGUGAGCAGAAGAGACAUUUUCAGACAAAAGUUUUGCUGUCUGCUAUGGACGUCUUCCAUGUUACCAGCCAAGGCGAGGGGAAAACAAGACCAAGAGGGAGCAGUGAUCCUCAUGGCACUUCAGAAUCAACUGCACCAGUAUCCAUGAUGAAUAUUGUUUAUUUUGCUCAGAAGCUGGUUGAGAAGCUGAACAGUAGAAUGUUUGCUGCUGACUCCAAGCAAAUCCUGAUCUUCACUGCCAAACAGAUUAUGAGGGUCUUAGAAAGCUCCGUUUCUCAAAAGGAAGUUUUCCUCAGUGCCCUGUACAGCUGUCUAAACAGAGCCAUCUUAUACUGCCUAUCCAGACCACAACAAUCGCUGCCUGAACAGUUUAAUAUCCUGAACACUCUCAAUGUCGUGCAGGAGCAGUGGGACAUUAUUUUUGCAACUUACAACUCAAAUAAUAAUUUUGUCAUCUGCCUAAUGCACUGCCUUUGCCAACUGAAUUCGGGCAGCUAUCCAGAAGGUUUUGGGGUGGAUGCAAAACCAAAGCUAGCUUCGUAUCAUCAGAUUUUCCUUGCACCCAGUGAAGAGGAAAAGGGCAGCCUACCUACUCCAGAUGAUGUCCAUCAGGAGAUUCUGAGAACAGUAGAAAUCAUCUGGAAGCAGCUCAUUUCUCAGAGGCGCCAGGCUCUGGAGGACACUUACAAGAUGGAUCUUUCUGUAAAAGGAAAUGACAAAGAAAGGGACAUGAAGAUAAUGGAGAUCACCCCUUUAUGGGAAGAAAUUAUGACAAAAGCUUGGCAACACUUGAUAGCAUCUGAAAAGAAGCUUCUCCAGAAUAAAGCAGGGUCAGGCCUGUCACAGAGCAAGCACAGUUCCUGGAGUGAAAGCCUCUCUUCAGCUAUUAGGUUGAUGCCUGGCCGAAACACAAAGGAGAUGGCAUGCAAAUCUGAGGGAUUUGUGUCAUGUAUGGAACGGUACAGAAGAAUUGGGCAGGAGUUGUAUGCCUCUUUGUACAAGAACCACGUACAGGUACUGCAGUGUCGUUACAGCAAAGCAGCCAAGGACUGGAUCAUACUUGAGGAGCAACUUUUCUACAGAAGGAACCCAUGGGGAGAUGCAGCACAAUCCCUGGAGCUACGAUGGAUUCUUGAUUGUUAUGAAGGACCUUCACGAAUGAGGAGAAGGAUUCAGCAUGCGAACACCCGAGCGACAAUGAUGCGAAUGAAGAGUGAGGUUCUCCUAGCAAACAGAAAUGAAACAACUUCCCCUGCUGAAGUGAAUCAAGGAGAGCUGAUGUUAAAUGGAGCAGAAAGGGAGAUGGAAAAAAAGGGAUCAGACUGUAACCAGCUAACGUUCUUCCCUGCUCUACAUGAAAGUUUCCAUUCAGAAGACUUCUUGGAACUGUGUGUGGAGAGGCAAAUUAUAUUGCAGGAGUUUGCAGAGAGUGAAAAGGUCACAUUCAAAUGCUCUGUGGCAGUUGUGCAGGGGCAUGCAGCAUUGGAAGGAGUGCUGCUCUUCGGCAAAGAGCACUUUUACAUCUGCGAGUGCUUUGUGUUAUCCCCUCUAGAAGAAGUUUACUGUACACGUCACUGCUUGUCCAGCAUCAGUGAUCCAUUUAUUUUCAACUUAUGUCAUAAAGAUCAUGCUGUGGGAGACCAGAUGUGUUCCCGCUAUUCGUAUCAUGAUAUAAAAGAGAUUCAUCUGAUGCGCUUUCUUCUGCAGGAGAUCGCCUUGGAAAUAUUCUUCAAAAAUGGUUACUCCAGAUUUCUUGUCUUCCAUGACAGUGACCGCAAUAAGAUAUUUAAGAGAUUCUGCUCUUUCCAACCUGCUUUGAAGUCAAAGGGGAUAACAGAAGAGUCCUUAAAUAUAAGGAAACACUCAGGAGGAGAAAAGACAAUGCUCCAGAAGUGGCAGAAAAGGGAGAUCAGCAACUUUGAUUACCUCAUGUACCUGAACACAUUGGCUGGCCGCAGCUACAAUGAUUACAUGCAAUAUCCUGUGUUUCCAUGGGUCCUCGCUGACUAUCACUCCGAGACUCUAAACCUUACUAAUCCUCAUACAUUUCGGGACCUGUCAAAGCCCAUGGGAGCACAGACUGUGGAGAGGAAACACAAGUUCAUCCAGCGCUACAAUGAGGUGGAGAAGAGUGAGGGAGACCUGUCAGCCCAGUGCCACUACUGUACUCACUAUUCAUCAGCAAUUAUAGUGGCAUCUUACCUGGUCCGAAUGGAGCCAUUUACCCAGACCUUCUGUUCUCUGCAGGGUGGGAGUUUCGAUGUUGCAGACAGGAUGUUUCACAGCGUCAAGAGCACGUGGGAAUCGGCAUCAAAGGACAACAUGAGUGAUGUCAGGGAACUCAUUCCUGAAUUUUUCUACUUGCCAGAGUUCCUAACCAAUGCAAAUCACUUUGAACUUGGCUGCAUGCAGGAUGGAACAGUGCUGGGAGAUGUGCAGCUUCCUCCUUGGGCAGAUGGGGACCCCCAUAAAUUCAUUCUUCUGCACAGACAGGCACUGGAAAGUGAGUAUGUCAGUGCACACCUUCAUUGCUGGAUAGAUCUGAUUUUUGGCCACAAGCAACAUGGCUCAGCUGCGGUGGCAGCAGUUAACACCUAUCACCCUUACUUCUAUGGAGACAAGAUGGACCUUAACAGCAUUAAAGAUCCUUUGAUUAAGAGCACCAUCCUGGGUUUUAUCAGCAACUUCGGACAGAUACCAAAGCAGCUCUUUACGAAACCACAUCCAUCCAGGAAUGCCCAAGGGAGAAGCUCAUCAGGAAGAGAGACUGUGCUGUCCCUUCACUCAAGUGGAAUUCUUCCUCCUUUUAUGAGCAGCCUGCAAAAUCUGAAGCUCUCACCAGUUACAAUAAAAGACUAUCCCAAAGGAGCUAUUGGGCACAUUGUGCACACUGAGAAAGGCAUUCUGGCUGUCGAGAAAAAUAAAGUUUUGAUUCCUCCUCUGUGGAGCAAAACAUUCUGCUGGGGAUUUGAGGACUUCACCUGCUGCUUUGGCAACUAUGGGUCUGAGAAGAAUAUGACUACAUUUGAGUGCAUGGCAGACUGGGGAAAGUGCCUCUGCGCUGUGUGUCCUUCAGCAACUACCAUAAUCACAUCUGGAACAAGCUCGGUUGUGUGUGUCUGGGAACUUUCCUUGGUCAAGGACAAAGUGAAAUCUCUAAACUUGAGACAGCAGGCUUUGUAUGGGCACACUCAGGCAGUGACCUGCCUUGCUGCAUCUGUGACCUACAGCAUCUUUGUGAGUGGAUCCGAUGACAGAACCUGCAUCAUUUGGGACCUGAACCAGCUGACGUACAUAAACCAGCUUCCUGCCCACAGGGCAAGCCUCUGUUCUGUUGCCAUCAACAAUUCAACAGGUGAUAUUAUCUCUUGUGCUGGAUCUUACCUAUAUCUGUGGACAGUCAAUGGCCAGCUUCUUGCAAGCAUUAACACCACCUGCAGCCCCAAAAGCCAUGUUGUUUGCUGCUGCUUCGCUGAAGUGAUGGACUGGGACACACGCAGCAUCAUCAUCACCGGAAGCACAGAUGGAGUGGUGAGGCUGUGGAGGACUGAAUACACAAAUACUCCAGGCCAAGCUGCUGGACUGAAACUGCAGAGAGGCGUGAUGGAAGAACCAGGCAACACAGGUAACAAGUGUGGAAAACAUCUUGUUCUCUGUCGGGAACUGAAUCCCAGCCUUGCCUUGACUGGAAAAGCAAGUAAGACCAGCCCAGCGGUGACAGCGCUGGCCGUAUCCAGAAAUUCCUCGAAGCUCCUAGUUGGUGACGACUGGGGAAGAGUCUGCUGCUGGUCUGUGGAUGGAUAGAAAGAAAUAUUGAAGAACUCUUGCUUUUUCAGCCUUUUGGAUGGAGAGAAAAUUACCCUUCAGAGCAUGAAAGAGUCAGAAACUGGAAAACUAUGGUGGGGACUGAAUCUCAAAGGAGUUGUUGGACUGACCCUGCAGUCAACUCUGAUUGAAAUUAGAGAAUGGACUCCAAAGUUGUGAGACACACACUGACAGACAUGCAUAUAGUCCAUGAGAUUUUGCAGUAUUUGUCCUGGGAAAACUUUUGUAUUUUAAAUGUUAUUUUUACAUACUGAAUUUGGCAUAAUACAUUGUAUUUCACAAAUAAUAGUUAGCAAGUAAAACUGCCUUGAUUAUGCCAAAGAGCUUAAUAAAAUAACAUAUUCUAAUUUUAAUACCAUGAGAUCAGAAAACACUGAGGCUUCAAACAGAUGUUAAGUGAGUUUGUUGCAGUAUCUUUGUUCUUAUUAACAUACAAGUAUGUUAAUAACUCUGUUCCUACUCUUCCUGCUUCCCUGAAUCUGUAUGAAAAUGUAUGCAUGCCUUCAGAAAAGCUGUGUUGUUUGCAAAGUGAAGGUAGGAUUUCCCAGGUUAACAGUGGUGCCUUUAUCCAGCCCCAUUGUGAACAUGUGUUACAGUGCAAUCUUUACUUUCCUAGUCUCUGACAGUAAACAAGGCAGGCAAAAUGCAUGGAAUGGGUGAGGGUGAAGAUCUGACACAGAUGGUCAACAUAUUCUUUCAUUCUCCACCUUCAAUGCCUUCUUUUCUAGCCUUGUCCUCAUGGAGUAUCAAUAUAUGAGACAUACUUCAGGAUCUACCUUCACAAUCACCCUGCAUGGUAUAAGUGGGUAUUUGUAAUAUAAGAAGGCUUAAGAAGGCCUUAGUGUAAUACAUUUAAGUGCCGUUGUGUCCCAAGUUGAGAUGAAGUGUGAAAAAUCAAACUCCUUAACACUUUAUGAGAAUUUGAAGAAGAUAAACUGAUAACUCCCCCUCUCCUCUACCCUCCUUGACCUGGUAAAGAAAUUGAGUAUCUUAUGCAGAGAAGGGCUGAGUAGCCACUUAGGCAGAGCAACUUCCUGAACACCGCAGACUGGGUCAGGACAGAGCCAGGAAGAAUACGAAGGACAUUACGGCCAUGAAGGCCCUUGUGUUCAUAUCACCAAACACAGCCCUAAACAGACAGAGCCAAGAGAGUUCCCUGAUUUCCGCUGCACUGGGACUGAUUAGCACUGCAGGAGUGAAGCCCUGUGUGUGCUGCACUGGACAGCCAGAGUUUGAGGAACAUGAGUAACUGUUAUAUGCCAAAAUCUUGGUGCUAAAGACUUGCCAGCAUCAUUAGGAAGAAUCUGGAGUAAAAGACAGGUUUUUACAAGUCUUCCUCUAACUAUACCAUCAACUUUCUUCUUUCUGUAGGGCACUGCUUUUUCAUGACUCUUGAAUUAUGUUGCUGAAUGAGCAAGACUUCCUAUGGCAAACAGCUUCCUUCCUUACAGAGUGCUGAUACGUGUGUGUGUGUGUGUCCCCAACCCACCCCGCAGCUCAGCCUAACCUCUACAGUGAGUGAGGUAAUUGCCUGUGGAAAAUGUAGUAAUUAGAGGCUAGCUCGUGAUACAGACAUACAAGGAAGGCUGCAUUAUGUCUACACAGAUGACCUGGCUGGUUAUCCUUUCUAACCUCCAAGUGCGUGACUUGACUCAAAUACUAUCUUUUCUGUGCUCACUGAAACAUACUCUGAAAACAGGCCCAAAUGCACCAAUGUUUUUGCAAUCAAAGUAACCCUAUGGAGCAAAGGUGGACCAUGCCCAUCUUUCCUUUUCCUGAGCACUAGAGAAAGGACAGUUUUCAUAGAAUUCAACAAAAUUAAGUACACUACUUCUUUCCUCUUCCCUCUCUGCACAUUCCUCAAAAAUAAGCUGUGAUUUGGAUACACGGACAGCAAAACUUUCACUCCUGUCAACUGUGAAUACAGCUUUACUGAACCAUGACAAAGAUGAUGAUGAAGAGCCAUGAAAGAAGCUCACUACCUACAUUUUCAUUUACCUAGUAGGCAUCUUGAUAACUUGCUAAUUGUGUCUCCUCUAGCUUUUUCAAGCAGCCUGUCUUUGCCAAUAGCAGAUACUCUCUUUCUUAGAGCUGGCGCUGGCACCUACUUUGCAGCCUGGACAGCAGCACUAGUGGUUCCAAUGCUCUAGACAUCAACCUGACUUUGGUAUAAGAAGAGACCAGCUAUAGGCUGGCCAUGCAUGAAUUUGACAGGCUCAUCUCAUUGUCCCUAAUGUCAGUUCUCUGACCUAUUCAAGAGAAGGACGAGGUGCAUCAGCUGCUCUUUUGGAUCACAGAGAACAAAUCCAGAGCGUGCAUGUGUGAAUGGAAGUCAAACAAUGGCUUGUUCUAAUGUUCAGGGAGUUGUAAUUUGGGAGAAUAUAAAAGGCAAAUGGAUAGAAAUGGGUUGCAAUUUCGUCCUGGUGAAAAUUAUGAUUAGCAGUGAUUUGCUCUACAACAGUGCUUGGUUGAGAAAGUUUUGGUUUCUUCUCUAGCUCUAGAGGAUUUUCCCCCAGAGUUGUCAGUCAUGGAAAGAUAUGCAUGCUGUGAGUACCAAAAGCACCACUCCUUGCUUGCAGAGUUAAGGCACAAAUGUAAGCAUGUUGCAAUUGUUGAAUUUCCCAGGUCUGAUACAGCCAGCAUGUGCGACAGUGGUAAAAUGCUACCUGGUCAUUUUUCUGCAGGCAAGUCUCUGUGACAUGAAGUUUUUGCUAAAAGAGAUUUGUAAUAUAUGGUUGAACAAGUAGCUGUAUCCAAUCCUCUUACAAGUACCUACUUUUAUAUUUGUGUUGAUCUCCUGUGUGUUUGGUAAAUGAUGAAUGUCCAUGAAAUUUUGUCAGUUCUAGAUGUGGAAUUGGCUUUCACUGACAGAUAGACAAGUCUUGGUGCUAGCUCAAGGCAGUAGUGGUGCCUACUUGGUGGGUACCCUGAUGUGAUACCAAUUCUCUAAUGGCUGUGUGGGAUGUAGGGGUAGCAGAUCUAGAAUAUGCUUGAAAAAUUAAGCAUGUAGAGAAAGUCCACAGCAAAUAGUUUCUGCAUAACUCCAUUGUUACUGUGGCACAGUGCAAACAUCACUGGCGUGUUGUAAUUAUCUCAGAACCAAGUUUUGCAAGCACUAAGUAGCUCAGGGUGAGAAUUACCCUUAAAAGAAAUCCAAUCCCAUUAGGAUAAGAAAUGCAGAAAUAAGGCACAGUCUUAACUCUGCCCUGUAGGGAAACCAAGAAGAGAAUGUAGAACAGCACAACCUUUGUGUGACUUUAAAAAUCAGUUUAAUCUAAUCGGAGCUUAUAAACCCUAAAAGACCUUAAUCACACUUAUUUGGUUAUUGCACAGACCAUCUUGCUUCCUUGUUCAGCAAUAGAAGUCUUAUAAAUGUUACAGUGAGCAUUAAAUACUGUUUGAUUUCUGUAGCUUUCUGUUGGCUAAUAAAGGCUAGUGAAGCAAUAUUUGCAGAGCUGCCUGUGCACUGCAGGACCUUUGCAUCCUCAUAAAAAAGGAUUUGCUCAAAUCUUUUUUGAAAAGUCCAUGCAAACAGAUCUGUAACUCUGACAGGAAAGUUUUGCCUGAGAUUGUCACCAUGUGCUACUGCUCCCAAGUCCUUUUCAUACAGGGAUCUCAAAGCUUGUUACAAGAGGCUAUUGGUAAGAAGACCACCUCACUCAGCAUCACCUGUGCCUGUCACAAGGGAAGUUAUCUGAGAGCUGUAUGAGCUAAAAUAUUGUGUGUAAAUAUGGUCCCUUCGACAUGAAAAUGCAGCCUGUUGUGCUCGCCUGUCGUCUUUCAGAGGGAUGUCCCAAGGAAGUUGAAAAAGAAGCCCAGAAAAGCUCUGGACUUGAUCCCAGCUCUCUUGUUGUCUCCUGUUUGGUACUAAGCACCUCUGAGCCAGGUAGCUGGAGUGAUUUGUUUGCUUAUGGUCACACAGAUCACUUAGGGAUCAGAAUAGUUGCUGCAUUACUGGUGUCACUCUUCAGACAUGUGCUUAGCAAUUACUAUCAUUGAAGUCAGCCAGGCUGAUGGGGAGGUGUGAGAGGGAACAGGGCUGGUGGAGGAAUGCCAACCUUCCCUAUGCCAACCUUCCCUUACAGAUUGUCAUCAGAGCUCUUCCCAAGUGUUGGGAGGCUCCUGAAGAUUUGGAACAUGAAGUUUUUAAAAGGGAACCCCCUUGUUCCCUGCACUGGAGUUAAAUGCUUAUGGAAACCUGGUAUCCAGAACCAGGCAGCAUUCAGCUGUACAUUGGGAUCUUGGUGACCAUAAAUAAUAUUUGCUGUAAUGAGCACUGAGCAAAUGUAGGCCUUGUGAUGAGGACAGCUGUGCCUGUGCUCAGUGAUCACUUCAUGUGUUUCAUACUCAAGUGUUGCAACCCUGUGCAUGUGGAGGGUUGUUGAUGUAGGGCAGUCACUGAGGGAACAAUGGGGAGUGUGCUGGCUGGGUAGCUGGAGCUGAGGAUGUCAGGUGAGUCCUGUGGUGGAAAGAACAUCAUGAGCUCUUAUUGAUGGAGGAGAAGCUGUCUCUGUGUAGGUGACUGCAACAGCAGCAUGGGGACUUUCCCUGUUUCAGGUCAGAAAUUGUGUCCUUGUUCAGUUUGGGCAGGAGACUCUAAGGACUUUGCUUCUCCCUCGUACAUCUGUUCCCUGGCCAGGACGGGAAAUGAUGAGUCAUGCUCCCCUAGCCACUCCAGUUUUGGUGGGAUGCUAAGCUCCCGUGGGGGGAGCACAGGGAUUAAGCCACUGGAAUGAAGAGCUCUUUGGCCACUCCUGUGCUUAGUCUUUCCCUAUGAUUUUCUGGCUGUGGCAGUCUCCAGUGGAGAGGUGACAACAAGUUGAAUUUCCUCUGCCAAUAUCUAUGUCUUUAUACUCCCUUAUUUUACUGACACCACUGGACUAACCAAAAUAAAAUGUAGUCAAGGUGUAGUUGUUUAAGUUCCCAUCUUUGCCACAGUUGCAGAGCAUCAAAUCUGGUGAGCAAGCAAAAGGUAUAUCUUUAUUGUGACAGUGGGACCAUGCAUGUUGUAAACAAGGGAUUCCAGUAGCAUUGUAGAAAUAACCAGAGCUGCUGCCAGACUAUGAGGUAAUUUGUUUGGGAAGGUGAAAUCCUGAUUUGCUCUAAAGCCUUUGUCUGCCUGGCAGGCUGGCUUCUGCCUGUAGCCUGGCAUUUGUUGACUUUAGUUGUGUAAGGACUCAGUUACCACCUUGCUGGGUGUAGCAGCCUGUGGGCUUCAUGGUAGGUGUCUGUUUGAAGCUCUGGGCAGCUCUUGACUCUUCAGAGCCCGAUUAUGAGCUGAAUAUAUACUCCAUAUUUGGGCUGUAUAUUUACAAGGCCCUUCCCUGUGGCAGUGCUGGGACUGUGAUAAGUGGGAGGAGGCCCACUAAAAAUCUACUCAAGCAGGUCUAAUUGUACCAAAUAGAACGGCUCAGUAGAGUGGAAAAUAGUCCUCAUAUAUCUACCCGAAGAAGAUAAUGACCUUUUAAAUAACAGAAGCAAUUUUAUUUCAAUACCCCAAUUACUCUGAACUCUCAAAUGUCAAAGUGCCGAGCACUUUCAAAAUAACUUAAUUUAGACAUUUAUAGCACUUAGACACUGCUAGUUUCUUAUCUAACCUAAUUAUGGGUUGUACAG